CUUUACCAGUCUUAAGAGUCCCAGAUUUCAGUAAAAUUUUUAUUGUGGAAACUGAUGCUUCAGGAAGAGGAUUAGGGGCAGUUCUAAUGCAAGAUGGGGGUCCAAUUGCUUUUAUGAGCAAGGAACUAUCACCUAAACAUUUAAGCAAGUCAGUUUAUGAGAAGGAAUUGAUGGCCAUUGUGUUUGCCAUACAAAAAUGGAGACCAUAUUUGUUGGGGAGGAAGUUUGAAGUUCAUACUGAUCAAAGGAGCCUUAAAUAUUUGACUGAACAGACUAUCAUGGGGGAGGAUCAACAAAAAUGGAUUUCUAAACUCAUGGGCUACAAUUUCACUAUUAAAUAUAAGCCUGGCUGUGAGAAUAAAGCUGCAGAUGCAUUGUCAAGGAAGGCCAGUUUCUCAGCAUUGUCUAUAGUGAACUGUCAAGAGUGGGAUGGAUUAGAAGAAGAAUUGUUGACAGACCCCAAGUGUUUUGACACUAUUCAGAGAGUCAUCAGUCAUCCGGAUCACAUGGCUGAGUUCAAAUUGAAAAAUGGGUUGUUGUACUACAAAGGAAGGUUGAUGAUUCCUCAGAAUUCUCCCAGGAUAAAUAGAAUCCUUAAAGAGUAUCAUGAUUCAGCAACUGGUGGACACUCAGGGAAUUUCAGAACCAUGAAAAGGAUAUCUACACUAUUUUACUGGGUAGGAAUGAGGAAAGAUAUUCAACAGUAUGUGCAAAAAUGUGAAGUUUGUCAGAGGAAUAAGUAUCAGGCUUUGAAGCCUGCAGGUUUACUGCAGCCUUUACCCAUUCCAGAGCAGAUAUGGACUGACAUUAGCAUGGAUUUCAUUGGAGGACUACCCAAAGCUCAAGGAAAGGACACUGUGUUGGUGGUGGUGGAUAGGUUGACAAAAUUUGCACACUUCAUACCUCUAUCCCAUCCUUACAAUGCAAAAGGAGUGGCUGAAGUGUUUAUCAAGGAAGUGGUGAGACUUCAUGGAUUCCCAAAAUCUAUAGUGAGUGACAGAGACAGCAUCUUCCUAAGUUCUUUUUGGUCAGAAUUAUUCAGGUUGGCUGGGACGCAACUUAAAUAUAGCACAGCUUAUCA